AUGACAUCUAAAGAUACUGUGAUUUGGGGAGCUGAUAAAUUGUCCACGGACAUCCACAAGAUUAUAGCCAAUGAAUACUCUGGGAAUUUCGUGAGCUCGGGAUUGAGCACAUAUAUGGUUCUGGCAAUGGCUGCAUACGGUGCCGAUGGAACCUCCGCUCAGCAAAUACGCCAGACUCUUUUUCUGCCUAAGGAAUAUAAGGAUGACAUGCAAUUCCAACUGGGGUUUCAAAGCCUCAUUGACUUGCUCAAUAUAGCGCAAAGAGUCGACCUAAACUUUGCUAACAAAAUUUAUGUUGCUAAGCAUCUUGAUAUUAAAAAUUAUUUCAAAAAAAUUACUGGCACGUAUUUUCGAUCGAUAAGUGAGACAAUCGAUUUUAAAAUGAAUGUAGAGUCUGCCAAAGCAAUUAACGAUUGGUGCAUUGAAAAAACGAAUGGAAAUAUAAAAGAAAUCGUGAAGCCUGAUGAUCUUGACGAAGACAUGAGAAUGUUGCUAUUAAAUGCCGCGUAUUUUAAAGGAGAAUGGUCGCAUAAAUUUAAUCCAGAAAUGACACAAAAGAGAUCUUUUCAUAUUGACAGACGUACUGUUAUCCAAAAUGAAGAUUUUUACAUGGUUAUCAUACUACCUGAUGAAAUUGAAGGCUUCGCAGAAAUUGGGAAAAAUCUCGAAAAAGUAUAUUUUAAUCCAUCGAUCGUAGAUCAUGAACUCUUAAACAUUUCGUUACCAAAAUUCAAAAUUAAAUCAACGCUAGACCUGAACGGUUACCUAAAGAAGUUAGGGAUGAGCGACGUAUUUACGAAAAAAGCAAAUUUUAAGGGUAUGUGUGACGAGGAUGCUCACAUUUCCCAAGUACUACAAAAAUCUUUUAUCGAAGUUGAAGAAGAAGGCACCGUAGCUGCUGCAACCACUGGUGAGAUACAUUUAACAUUUUUGUUAACAGAGGAGAUGGCAUCCAAAGAAAAGACAAUAGAUGUAAACGUGAUCAAAGGAGCUGAAAAAUUUAUUACAAAUUUCCACAAGCAACAAGUUGCAUACUUUGCUGUGCUGAAUUUAUACCACCAUCACCUCCAGCUAUCCCAUUAA